AGGCGGCCGCCCUGAGGUCUGAGACGCGCUGCUAGGCGCGUUUCCGUGGAGACAGACCGGUAUGCUCUGCUGCAGCCUUCCCGGCUUCUCCCAGAGGUCUGAUGAUUGCGCGAGUCCUACGACGCUGCGUCCGUGUGCAGAGCAGGCCGCGGCUUCGCCUUAGGCCCAGAACUGCCCAUUGUUGCGCGAGGAGAAGCCGUUGCUACUGAGAUCCAGGAUCAUGACGGACCCUCUCAGAGACCGUCGCCCGCGGCUCCGCCCUGCAGUCACUUCCUGAAAGACUCCCGCGGCCCUGCGGCUGAGAGUGUUCAGUGGGCACAGCCUGGCAGAAAGAUGGACGUGUAACCCAGCACCGGCUUUUGACCUGUCUGUCACCUUGAUGACUUCUCCGUCAGGUGCCUUCGCCGUCCAGUUCCCACAGCCUUCAGUCAGUGGCCUCUCGCAGAUCACCAAGAGCCUGUUCAUCAGCAAUGGUGUGGCUGCCAACAACAAGCUCCUGCUGUCCAGCAAUCAGAUCACCACGGUCAUCAACGUCUCAGUAGAGGUAACCAACACCUUCUUUGAGGAUAUCCAGUACGUGCAGGUGCCUGUGAUCGAUGCGCCCAUCGCGCGUCUCUGCGAUUUCUUCGACCCCGUCGCUGACCAGAUCCAUUCCGUGGAGAUGCAGCAGGGCCGCACCCUGCUGCACUGUGCUGCUGGUGUGAGCCGCUCAGCUGCCCUGUGCCUCGCCUACCUCAUGAAAUACCAUGCCAUGACCCUUCUAGAUGCCCACACUUGGACCAAAUCAUGCCGGCCCAUCAUUCGACCCAACAGUGGCUUUUGGGAGCAGCUCAUCCAUUAUGAGUUCCAGCUGUUUGGCAAGAAUACAAUGCACAUGAUUAACUCCCCAAUGGGACUGAUCCCAGACAUCUACGAGAAGGAGAUCCGUUUUAUGAUUCCACUGUAAGCCAACCCAACCAGCUCCUAUAUCAGGGUCAGCAGUACAGAUCUGUCAUUAACAGUACACCAAGGUCUAAACUUAAACAUUCUACUUGUGUUGCUACAGGAGCACACCAGAUGGUGCUUUUCAUAAGGGCAAGAAUAGAGCAUUGCCAUAACUUUUCACCUCCUAAUCCACAGGUUUGGGUUGUACAUGCCUUAGAUGGCUGAAACAGAAAGAUUGCAAGGUGAGUUUGAGGCCAGCCUGGGCAACAUAGUGAGACCCUGUCUCAAAAAACAAGCAAAAAACUCAACAAUUACUGCCCUGUAGUAUGUGUCUUUAGAUAUUAAAUUCAUUGGUUAGA